GUUAAUGUUUAUACACCAAAGCUUGGGAAUGUAUUAGUAGGUGGCUGGAGAGGAAAAUCAGUAUGCCCAGGUCACCGUGUGGCUGAUUCCAUUUGCUGUCGCCAUGUCCUUUCCUGCUCCAAAACCCAAAGCACCAGAGCUACCCCAGAAACUGCAGCACAAAUUAGAGUGCAAUCAGGGGGCUGUGCGGGCAGUUAGAUUCAAUGUGGAUGGCAAUUACUGUAUGACCUGCGGCAGCGACAAGUCACUCAAGCUCUGGAAUCCACACAAGGGAAGUUUGCUGAAAACCUACAGUGGCCAUGGGUAUGAGGUGUUGGAUACAGCGGGGUCAUGUGACAACAGCCAGCUGUGCUCCUGUAGCUCAGAUAAGACUGUCAUUCUGUGGGAUGUGGCACAGGGUCAGGUGGUCAGGAAAUUCCGUGGACAUGCAGGGAAGGUGAAUUGUGUGCAGUUUAACGAGGAAGCAACAGUGAUAAUAUCAGGCUCUAUAGACUCCUCGAUACGGUGCUGGGACUGCCGCUCCCGUAGACCUGAUGCAAUUCAGAUUAUGGAUGAAGCCAAAGAUGGAAUCUCCAGUGUCAAAGUUUCAGCUCACGAGAUCUUGGCAGGGUCGGUAGAUGGGAACCUGCGUCGUUAUGACCUUCGGAAAGGAGAGAUGUGCGCAGAUUAUCUUGGCAGCCCUAUCACAUGUGUGAGCUUCAGCCAGGAUUCACAGUGUCUUCUGGCAUCUUCCCUAGACUCCACGUUGCGUCUGCUGGACAAGGACACGGGAGAGCUGCUGGGAGAGUAUACAGGACACCAGAACCUUAGUUACAAGUUGGACAGCUGUCUGAGCGAGAAGGACACUCACGUGCUGAGCUGCUCUGAGGACGGGACAGUGUGCUUCUGGGAUUUGGUGGAGGGCUCGUUGGUUCUGAAACUUCCCGUGGGUAAAGCAGUUGUGCAGUCUCUCUCCUUCCAUCCCACAGAGUGCUGCCUGCUCACUGCAAGUGAAGGAGGGGUGCAGGUUUGGAGAGGGGCGUCGUAUGAAGAGGAAGGGGGCAGCUGAAGCCUUUGAUUAAAGGUGCCCUGACAUUUACUAUUUUGUACACAACUCAAUACAUUUCUGUUGAAAACUU